AUGACUGUGUUGGAUGAGUUGAUGGGGUGUAUGCUGGGACAGCAUGAUAAGUUCAGAAAUAGGGAAUGGGCAAUCUACUACUUGAGCAAGAAGUUCACCGCUCGUGAGAUGAACUACUCCCUGCUUGAAAGGACAUGUUGUGCCUUGGUGGAGGAUGAAGAUAGGGAUAAGUGGAUCGUAUGGUUUGAUGGCACGUCCAACGCCCUAGGCCAUGGAGUUGGGGCAGUUUUGGUCACUCUCGACAAUCAAUGCAUACCCUUCACGACAAGUUUGGGCUUUGACUGUACAAAUAACAUGGCUGAAUACGAGGCAUGCGCCCUUGGGAUCCAAGCAGCAAUUGACUUCAAGGUCAAAUUGCUCAAGGUAUAUGGAGACUCAGCCUUGGUGAUCCAUCAAUUGAGAGGAGAAUGGGAGACCAGGGAUCACAAGUUGAUACCCUAUCUGGCCUACAUCAAGAAAUUGACAGAGUUCUUCGAUGAUAUCUCUUUUCAUCACAAUCCUAGAGAGGAGAAUCAAAUGGCCGAUGCGCUCGCCACUUUAGCCUUCAUGUUUCAAUUGACUCUGCACGGAGACUUACAAUAG